GCGGUUGUCCGGGGUCCUGAGCGCCCGUCAGGACGCUGGGACAUCCUGGUGGGGAGUGCGCUGGGGCCGCACCCACACCCCAGGCAGCCGAUUUGUAACCGGCUUUUAGAAGUUCCCGCGACGUGUCGCCCUAGCCUUUCUGCAAGUGCCCGCUUUGCAUGCACCCUGGUUAUCCGUGGGCCGUGAGAGCGCGGGCUCGCUCAGGCGGCUUUGGAGAGAAGCUCUGUGGGUAGCUCCCCUUGACGCCUGCACAAAGAAACCUAUUGGAAUCUGAGACUUCUAGCCCCAGAGAAAUUGCACACCGCCAGAACAGGGCGAUGGCUGUGGCCCUGGGUUGUGCAAUCCAGGCCUCCUUGAAUCAGGGCUCCGUGUUUCAAGACUAUGAUGCUGACUGUGAAGUCUUCCGCCAGCGCUUCAGGCAGUUCCAGUACAAAGAAGCAGCCGGGCCUCAUGAAGCUUUCAACAAACUCUGGGAGCUUUGUUGUCAAUGGCUGAAGCCAAAGAUGCGUUCUAAGGAGCAAAUAUUGGAGCUGCUAGUGUUGGAGCAGUUCCUAACCAUCCUGCCCACGGAGAUAGAGACCUGGGUGAGGGAACAUUGUCCAGAGAAUAGAGAAAGAGUUGUGUCACUGAUAGAAGACUUACAGAGAGAACUUGAGAUACCAGAGCAGCAGAUCGAUAGGCAGGAAAUGCUCUUGGAGGAGCUGGCACCAGUGGGAACGGCACAUGUAGCGCCCAACAUCCACCUGGAGUCACCCUCACUGCAAGUGAUGGGACCUGCCCCAGAAGCCCCAGUGGCAGAGGCCUGGAUCCCACAGGCGGGGCUGCAGGAGUUGGACUAUGGUGCCGCUGAGGAUUGCCAGCCCUUCCUGGACCCUGGAUAUCCAAUACCAAAGCUUGACGUGAGCUUUCCAUUGGAGCCUCGGGAAGAGGUGUGGGUGAAGGAACUACAAGAUUCCAAAGAAAUGAAGCAGUUACUUGAUUCCAAGAUUGGUUUUGAGAUUGGGAUAGAAAACGAAGAAGAUACUUCAAAACAGAAAAAACUGGAGAACAUGUAUCCAUUCAUUGUCACUCUAGAGGGGAAUGCUCUCCACGGUCCCAUUUUGCAAAAGGACUAUGUACAGUUAGAAAAUCAAUGGGAGAGCCCCCCAGAGGAUUUGCAGGCAGAUUUAACAAAACUGAUAGAUCCCCAGAACCCCCCUGCUGGAGAGAAGCCUGAGAAUCCCAACGUGGAAGAACCUCUCAACCCCAGGCCCCAGAAGAAAAAGAGUCCAGGAGAAAAACCUCACCGAUGCCCUCAGUGUGGAAAAUGUUUCGCUCGGAAGUCACAACUUACAGGGCACCAGAGAAUUCAUUCAGGGGAGGAACCUCAUAAGUGUCCCGAGUGUGGAAAAAGAUUCCUUCGUAGUUCAGACCUUUAUAGACACCAACGGCUGCACACAGGGGAGAGGCCCUAUGAAUGCACUGUGUGUAAGAAGCGAUUCACUCGGCGCUCACACCUCAUAGGGCACCAGAGAACCCAUUCUGAAGAAGAGACUUACAAAUGCCUUGAGUGUGGGAAAAGCUUUUGUCAUGGAUCAAGUCUCAAAAGACAUCUGAAAACUCAUUCUGGGGAAAAACCUCACCGAUGUCACAGUUGUGGUAAAAGUUUUAGUAGACUGACAGCUCUGACUUUACAUCAGAGAACUCACACAGAAGAGAGACCUUUUAAAUGCAAUUAUUGUGGGAAAAGCUUUAGACAGAGACCAAGCCUUGUUAUUCAUUUAAGAAUUCAUACAGGGGAAAAGCCAUACAAGUGCAGUCAUUGUUCUAAAAGCUUCAGGCAGAGGGCAGGCCUUAUUAUGCACCAAGUCACUCACUUUAGAGGACUUCUUUAAGGAUUAUCCAAGGAAACAGGCUUCUGCAGAAAUUGAUGCUAACUAAAAAAACAAAAAAUCUUAACCUACAGCAGCCUGUUUGUCUUCGCAGAAUCUUUUCAUUUGAACUUAUGAGAACAGGUUUUAAAAACGAUUUUAAAACCCUAUCUUCCAAAGUAUAUGAAUUCUAGAGUGUCUGUCUACUCUUGCAAUGUUCUCAGAUUUGAUCUUUUCCUGUCUCUGAUAUUUUUCUCAUUACAGUGAAAUGUUUUGUGUCCCAGGCCAAACCUAUCAUAGAUAUAAAGCAUAUCAUUGAUGACAAUCCUUUUCAGGGUAGGGUUAAUAUGAUGAAUAAUCAUGUCUAUCAACAUAUCCACUAUAGCAGCACUGUAAUUAUUCUGCUGUCAUUAUUAAAAGUGAUUAUAUUAGUUCAAAGCUUUGUGUCCUACGUAGCAAGGAAGGAGACAGUGUAUUUUGUCAAAUAAUAAAAAUGUGUCAGGAACACAUUUGCCUGGUAAGAACUGGGUUAUUUCCACUGAAAGUUUUUUAUGUUUAAGGAAAUUAAGAUUUUAACCUUUACUAAUGAAUUGUAUGGAGUUUGUUAGUCUGUGUAGUUGGUGGUCUAGGCUGAUGCUGCUUAGAUCUGAGUACUAAUUUGAUGAUUUAUUUUGUUCACAGAACAAGUAAGCUCUUUGUGGAAGAAUCCAUUUGACAGUUGAUGUCAUACAAGUAGAAUCAGAUUUAAUUUAGAUUGACUGAGGAACCAGCAUCUGUUGCUUUUUACUCUCCUUUGGUUUUCAUCCCUGUGUCUCUCAGUGCUUUUAAGACUUUCCCCAUUCUUUACUUCAGUGUCCCCCUAACUAUGUGUUGUAGAGCCCUUAGUUCUACAAGAAAUUUUACAAAUGACUUAGGGAAUCCUUGCUGUCUUCACUUUCUAGAUUCAGAGUGCACAUCAGCAUGUAAGAAUCUCUGAGAGACCCUCCAGUAAAGGUGGAAAAAAAGCACCUCUUUUGGCUCAAUGUUUUGCCUACCUAGUUGACCCCAGAACCCUUUCUCAUGUACACUCACUAAUAACCCACGGAAGUGGUAUUCUGCAAAUAUUCCUUGGAAUACCUUAUCUUUAACAAAUGUAUCUAUAGCUAUCAAUAUAAUCUUCUUGCUCCCAAGCCUAGUUAUCUCCAGUUGUUUCAAGGGUGUUAUGAAAAAUUUUCUACAUAUAUACCUUUUUUAUUUAAUACACAGACACAUCAAUCUGUGGAGAUGAGCAUCACUAAUUGAGAUAAUUUAUAUGUCACUCGGUGAUUCUCAGCCUCUUUGAAUUUUACUUAUAAUCACACACACUUAUUGCUACUUAUAUAAACAUUCUCAUGUAAUCGUGGUCAUGACUCAAAGUCCCAUAGCAAGGGAAGAACUCUGUCAGUUAUAACUGUUAACACCUGAAAAUAUUCAUUCAGCCUAGUUCCUUGUUAUAAAAUACAAGAGGUAGGACAUUCAAGCAUUUUCCCUUUAUGAAGAUACCAGUCAUUCUUUCCCCAAACUAGAAUUAGGAAGAUUAUAUAUAUAUAUAUAUAUAUAUAUAUAUAUAUAUAUAUAUAUAUUAUAUAAUAUAUAUAUUUUCUAUUCCAUUGAAGUUCUUGUAAGUGAUGUUGAAUAUAAAUAUUUCGAGGGCAACUAUGUGCCCACCUUGUCCUGUUCUAGGCUUAAUGGAAAUCAGUAAAGACAUUAAUCCAUGAGUCAGGUUCAUAAGGAGUUUAUAAUAUUGUUAGUUAAACAAGAGUUGGGAAACACAUGGAGAACCAUGCAAGAGAGUUUGGAAUUAGUGCCAAAUCAUAUCAAGUGCUAGAGCCAGGGUGUGUCCUUAAUUCUCGUCAUCCGGGUCCCUGUAUGAUGCUGCUAUAAGUGUGGGGUUAAAGUUGAGAUCCCAGUAGCAAUAAACAUGUAACAUGGGAGGAGUCUGAAUGUAGAGAUGAACAAUACAGAAUGUAAUGGCUUCUCUUUUCUCUCUUGUGGACUUGCAUAUAAACCAGGACAGUGCCUUAGAAUGAAUGUGCCCAACUGCUCUGUAUCUAUGCAAUAUUUUAAUAAAGUGGAAAUGUGUAUGUUC